AUUUGUGAUCAGCUGUCAAAAUAAAUCUGCCCGAUUUCUAUCAAAACAUUUUCGUAUUGGAAUUUGGAACUCUAAAAACUGCAAAAAUACAAAAAAUGUACACAGAAGUGGACGUAUUUGUCGGUAAUUAUACUCUAAUUGAUCCCGAGAUAUAUCAGCUGUGGAUUGACGGUUGUUCCUCCAGUGAAGCCGUGUCUACGUUGCAUCAGAGGAACAUCGCUAAACAGACCGGAGCAUCGGUGGAACUGAUUGCCAGCGAUGUGUUGGAUCAUUACCGGACAUUCGCCCUGUUGGAGCGGCUCCUCACGGUCCCAUCGAAGUUAUCCGAGCAGAUGAUCUUCCAAAUUGACGAGCAGACAAAGCAGAUGCUAAUUGAAAAGUAUUACGAUUUGGACGAUGCAGUCAUCAGAGAGUUGUUGGGAAGAAAAUUGUCGUCGCGGCAUCGGAAGGAUCUUGAUGAGGUGUCAGAACGUUCCGGAGCGCCGCUGCGUUGUUGUCGCCGUCAGUUCGACAACGUGCGUCGCGUGUUCAAAGCGGUUGAGGAGAUGCCAGGCAACGUGGUGUCAAACAUCCGGACUACCUUCUUACUGUCAGAACCGCUAGCUAAAAAAUACGGUGCCGUUGUGUUCAUAGCGUGCAUGCGAUUCGAAACGGCCAAGAGGAAGCUGCAAUAUCUGUCGUUCAACGACUUCUAUCAUUGUGCACAAGCUAUAAUGGGCAGCUGGACAUACAGUUGUACUGGACCCGAGUACUACGAUACUGAAAUGGACCGAGAGUUCCUUCUGGAACUCAGGGAGCUGAGGAUCCUGCUGGAUAAAGAGAAAGAACAUAAGCAUUUAAUUUGUAUGCGCCUCAAGCCGAAACUUCUAGAAAAGUCAUAUCAAGAACUGGAACUGAACUUUAGGUUAUACACUCGGGCUCUCGUGGGCCUGGCGUGCAACUUGCAUAGAGGGCGCGAGUUACGAUCGUUGUUCAUUGACCUUUUGGAAAGAUGUAUAGAACCGUUGCGACUGGGUAGCUGGCCCAAGACAGAUCUGGCCCAGUUUUUGUGCGCGUACGAACAGUGUGCACUACAGAUGGAUGUAUUAAGGGAGGCAGACCUAAAAAGUGUGUGGGAGCGAUACAUGCGCGUCAUAAGUCAGUGUUUGUUAACUAUGUAUCAUAUCUAAUUAACGUAUUAAUUUAUCAUUCAACCUUUAAAUAUGUAUAUGAAGUUAAAAUUGUAAUUGAUUUUUGACCUUAAUACAAUGGAGUAAGGUUCAAAAUAAAGUGGGAACUAUACUGCCAUUGCACAAGUUUAAUUUUACCUUUAGUGUAGGCGGACACCGUUGAUUUUUCGUCGGCCGAUAGUUUAGUCGGGAAGUUGAUCAGUAUAGGAAAUAGGCAUGUAUGGGAGUGCGCACAUUACGCCGAUUCGAUUUGGCCGAUUCUUCAUACAAUUUAAAAUCGGGCACAACUAUCGGCCUACUCUUAAACGAAGUCAGUAAAGCUCAAAUUAUUUUUGAAAAUAUAGCUGUUGAAAUGUUUUUGACUGAGUAUGAUUAAAAAUCGACUUAUUUUUUCAUUAUUUUGAACCCUAAAGCAAAGUAAAACGGUUCAAAAUUAACGUGGCAACAAAUUCCCACUAAAGGCUACUAAAUGUUGCAAUAGUAUUAUUGUUUUUAAAAGAGAUUUAAUAAUUUAUUAAAUAAGAUUUUUUUUCUAAGUCAAAUGUCCUUGUUAUUUUUUUAGAUUUCUAAUUAAUAAAUGUGUCUUUUUAAAAGUC